AUGGAGCGCUCGACGAGGGUUCAGAGCGCCACGAUCACUGGCACGGAAGUGCGGGAGGAGGGAGGGAAGAAGUUCACUGUGUACAAGGUGGAGCUACGCAGUGAGAUCGGACCAUGGGUGGUGUGGAGGAGGUAUCGACAGUUUCACGAGCUGGACGCGAAGAUCAAGGAGAGGAAUCCCUCGUUCCCCGGUCGACUGCCGCAAAAGAAGAUGGGAGGCAACAUGAAGCCCGAGUUUGUCGAGGAGAGGAAGAACUUUUUGCAGCAGUACUUGAAGGACUUGGUUGCAGACCCUAACGCGGCUGGGAGCCCAGAGUUCAGAGCAUUCAUUGAUGCCAACCGGAGCUGCAGUGGGAAGCUCUCCGAUGCCCUGGGGAGCGGGUCGGGAGCUUCUUCGAGCACAAAGCAGAAGUUGCAGCGGAAGAUUGCAGUCCUGGGGUUCAUGGGAGUGGGGAAGAGUGCUGUCACUAUCCAGUUCACCGAAGGUCACUUUGCAGAGCCGUACAGCCCGACGAUUGAAAACACGUUUCAGAAAGUGAUCCGGCACAAGGGGAUCGAGUACCAGACAGACAUUUUGGACACGGCAGGGCAGGACGAAUAUCAAAUAUUUCACACGAGAUAUGCGAUGGGGAUCCACGGCUACAUCCUCAUGUACUCCAUCGUGUCGAGGAGGUCCUUCGACAUGGUCAGCACCAUCCGCGACAAGCUGUUGAAUGCUGUGGGGACGGAGAACAUCCCUCAUGUGCUGGUGGGCAACAAGAGCGAUCUGGUCCAUGAAAGGGAGGUGGCUACGGAGGAGGGACAGCGGCUGGCGGAUGAGUGGGGCGUUCCAUUCAUUGAGAGCAGUGCCAAGUUCAACACCAACAUCGAGGAGAUCUUUCGGAAGCUGAUACUCCAGUGCGAGGCUGGUCAAGAAGGAUCUGAUGGGGAGAAGAAGUGUUUGAUCAUGUGA